UGAAGAUCGAUCAAUCCCAAUCCAGUUCUAGUCGUAUGACAACCUUACUGCGGUGGUGGUGCGGGCCAUUGGAUGAGUUGACGCAGACUCAUCUAGGACAUGUCAGUACAUGCGUCGAGGCGACUUUCUUUGUGUCGCCAGUGUGGAAACUCGGCAUUCUCCUCUGCAGCGCAGUCAUUGCAUGGCAGUCGUCGUCGGCUACCCGUCGACUACUCGGUCGACGCGGCACACUGCACCUCAUUGCUGCGGGCUUCAGUUUAUUCAUCGCAGUGAGCGGUAGUCUUUUCCUUGCUGGUCUCAAGCGGCCGUUGUAUCCGUGCCAGGUCUAUGCAGGUACACUGUGGAUCGUGGACGGCGCACACACAGCGCUGGCGGUGCUGCUCGUCCCUCACGUGUUGCGUUCAUGUUGCUACUUGUUAUCGUUGGACCUGGUCACUCGCAGUGUGGUCUUCGUCAACAUGGCUAGCCACAAGCCGUUGUCACUGACGGACGUGGCACUCAUCGCCGACACGAUCUUUCUCGUUGUGCGAGUCGUGUUGGCAUUCGUAGCCCAUCGCCGGCACUCGAACUCCACACGUCGUCCCCAUGUUCUUGAAGCGGAUGCAUCGUACCUCUCCCAGCUCUUGUUUCUCUGGAUUUGGCCUCUUCUGAGCCGUGGCUACGCGCAACAGUCCAUCACGACAAAGGACCUGCCGCCCCUGCACCCCACAGACGGCACCGCCACCCUCGUCGCCGCCUUCCGCCGGCACUGGGCCCAGUUUCCUGCCCACAGUCUGCCCCGUCACCUCCACGCGGUGUGCUGGCGCACGUUUUACCACUCGGCCGCGCUCAUGCUCGUGGUCACGGCGACCAACGUUGCCAACCCGCUGCUCUUGCAUGGUCUUCUCCAGGCAUUGACGUCGCCGUCGGUGGACGCAGGGCACGCCGCCGGCCUCGCCGCCCUCUGGUGCGUCGCCCUGGUCGUGAAUUGCGUAUUUGUGCAUCAAUUCUGGUCGGUCGCGGUGCGUUGUGGCAUGCACACACGGUCAAUCCUGCAGCAGUUUGUGUUUGAAAAGGCGUUAACCGUGUCGCACAUCGCCGGCCACGUCCACGCCCUCUUGGCCGUGGACGCGACGCGCAUCUGCGACAACUACGUCGUGUGCUUUGUCCACUGGGACACGUGGAGCGCCGUGGUAACUCUAAGCGUGUGCGUGUGCUUCCUCUUCGACCUGCUGUCGUACUCGGCGUUGGUGUGGCUCAUCGUCACGCUGCUGUACGCCCCCUGUGCCGCCUUCUUUGGCCGACGUAUCCAAAUCCACAGCGCCGCGCACCAGCACCGUCGGGACGCCCGGACGUCCGUCUUCACGCAGAUGCUUCGCGGGGUGCUCACGAUGAAAGCCAACGCGUACGACGCGUGGUGCGAGGGCCGACUGGACGCCGCCCGACGCCGCGAGCUGGAGGCGCUCCAGUGGAAGGCCAUUCACGGUACGUUCAACACGAGCGUGCUGGUCGUAGCCCAAGUCAUCGCGCCCAUGGCCUCGUUCGUCGUGUUUGUGCAUGUCCAAGGCGGCCGUUUGGACGCUGCAACAGCGUUUUCCGCCCUCGCGUGGUUCAGCACGGCCGCCAGUCCGUUGCUGCGCCUCCCCAAGGGACUCACGACCGUCGUCGACGCGACAGUGUCACUGAAUCGACUGGAAGCGUUCUUUCGGAGCAGCGAACGGCGGGAUGGGCUAGCAUCUCGCCCUUCGUCAAGUGUCGUGUCCACCCAUUUGUACCACGCGAUUGAACUCAAGAGCGUCACGUGUAGCUGGAAUGUGACGACGUUCAACACGGAAGAUGGUCACGAUGGUGACAAUGCCAACAAUCACCAGGUCCAACGCCGACAGUUGUUUGCCGAGUUGACGCUGGUCGUGCCCAAAGGACAGUUUGUCGUGUGCUGUGGCCCCGUCGGGUGCGGCAAGUCGUCGUUCCUCGACUUGUGUGUGCAAAUGCUCCCCGUUUCUGCUGGCCAAGUGCUCGUGCACGGCACCGUGGCGUACUGUCCACAGACGCCAUGGAUUCAAAACACGUCUGUACGAGACAACAUCCUGUUUGGCUUACCCAUGGAUCGCAUGUGGUACAAGAUGACAUUGCACAUGUGUGCAUUAGACGACGACCUGGCGCUAUGGCCACAUGGAGAUGCGACCGUCGCUGGCGACCAGGGAGGUGCCUUGUCUGGUGGACAGAAGCACCGCGUUGCUCUCGCCCGAGCCAUCUACUCCCGUCGCAAUAUUUUACUCCUCGACGACGUGCUCGCGAGUUUGGACUCGCAUGUCGGCGAUCACAUCUUUACGCGGUGCCUUUGCAGCCCCGCCUUGAUGUACAUGACCAAGGUCGUGGUGACCAACCAGCCGGCGUUCAUCGCGCACGCGGCCGUCGAUCGCGUCUUGUGCUUCGAACAUGCCAAUGAUUCUGCCAUGCGCGGUGAAUUUACAGUGCAGUCGCUGGCUCCGUCCGUGUUCAAACGAUCGGAGGGCGCGUCGAUCGAUUCCACGGCAGCUACGGAACCACCAAGUACCGGAAAACGGCAUCGCAGAAACAGCACAUUGCCUCUACUCGCAGAGCGACUCGGUGAGAGCAGCCCCGACGACAGCAAGACGAGGGAGGUCGUGGUCCGCAACGCCCCCCACGAGCCUGCCGUCCCCGAAACAUCGCGACAAGGCGCCCUGGAUCUGCGCAUCUUGAUGCUGUACGUCAAGUCGCUGGGGUCUCCGUGUGCGGUGGCGGGCUGCGGCUUUUUGUUUGCGGUGGAGCAUGGGUUGGUGUUGGGUGGGGCGUACUGUCUGGGCCAGUGGAGCCACAGCAGCGACGACGACAUGUCGUCCUCCAAAGCAACUUCGUUUCAAACGCUGUUCAUUGUGCUCGGCCUCGUCCAAGCUUGUACAUCGGUCGUCCGGAAGGUGCUGUUCGUGGUCCUGUCGCUGGCCGCGUCUGCGUCCGUCCACAUGUCCGUCGUCAGGGCGCUGGUUCGCGCCAGCAUGCGCUUCUUCGACACCACCUCCCCCGGCGUCAUCCUCAAUCGAUGCAUCACAGACGUUGCAUCUGUAGACGAGACCAUUCCGUACGUCGUGUCCAGUUUCUUGGCCAACGGACUGGACAUUGUCAUGUCGUUCGUGGCCGUGGCGGCGACCGCGCCGCUCGUCCUCGCCGUCGUCCUUCUGCUCGUGUACCCGUACAUGUACCUGUACAAGUUGUACCGGUGGCCGGCGCGCGAUCUGAAGCGGCUGCAAAGCGCCGCGCGGUCGCCGAUCUUAUCCCAUUUCAACGAAGUGUCGCAGGGCGUGAACACUGUCGCAGCAUUCGACGCCGCCGCCGCCGUCUCCGCCACGUCCAUGCGCGUCAUUGAUGCGUCCGUGCAGGCGUACUGGCCGAGCCUCGUGGCCAACCAGUGGGUCACGUUGUGGCUUGAACUGCUCGGCAUUGGAAUCGUCGCGGCGGCGGCGGCGGCCUGCGUGUGGCUUCGAGCGACGGAUCAGCUGCAUGCGUCGGGGGUGGGGGUCGUCUUGACGUACGCGGCGCAGCUGCCGGGUCGCAUGGGGUGGAUGCUCAAGAUGCUAGCCGCCAUCGAAGUCGAGUGUGUGGCGCUGGAGAGGCUGGAUGAGCUGACGAUCCAAGCCGAGUUUUACAAGGAGGACCCACCAGAGUCUGGACGCUUGGACCGUGAAGCCAACGUGAGGUUUGGCGACGGCACAUUGCACUUCCACCACGUGUCCAUGUCGUACGGCGGCCACGUCGUGCUUCGAGAUAUCCAUGUGGACAUCCCCACACAUGCCAAGGUCGCGGUGGUCGGGCGGACGGGCGCGGGGAAAUCGUCCCUCGUUCGCGCCUUGCUGGGGCUAUAUCCUAUCCACGGGUCGAUUCAAUUGGGCACUGUGGCCUUGUCUUCCCUGUCCACGACCACGUUGCGACGACAUGUGUUGGGAUUUAUCCCACAGGACGCCGUGCUGCUUGGGCAAACGUUGUGGGAAGGGUUGGUCGGGGAUGUUGCCCAAUCCAAGGCACACGUGACUCAAGUGUUGAGCCAAGUGGGGAUGCUCGAUGCUGUCGACCAACUCCAGAACGGUCUCGACACCCCCUUGACUGACGUGGCAUUCAGCGGGGGCGAGCUGCAGCUGCUGUGUGUCGCCCGCGCGCUACUACGACAUGGGCAUGUCCUCAUUUGCGACGAAGCCACGGCCUACAUGGAUGCCGAAACCGACGGCGCGAUCCACCGCCUCCUCUUUGCGUUGCCGCGCACCGUGCUGACCAUCUGCCAUCGUGUGCACCACUUGAUGGAGUACGACGUCGUGCUCGUGUUGGACAAGGGGCGGCUCGUGGAGGCCGGGCCGCCGCACGAACUGCUGGCGGCAUACCCCAACGGGAUGUUUGCGUCGUUAGUAGAUACUUCAAGUAGAGUCGCGUCAUAAUAUAUUACACGGAUAAGGAGAGGGUGUCUAGAUAUCGUCGUCGAGUAGGCGAAGGGAGUCGGAGACUUCGUGCAAACCGCCGUCCGUGGCAUCAUCGUCGUCGACGUCGGACAUGGACAGCAUCAAGGACGAGGGUCUCGCGGGCGGCGGGGAUUCGUCGGAAGAAGGGGGCAGGUGGUUGGUUUGCGCGUGCUUCUCCUGUCGCCGCUUGUCGUGCAGUAACAACCGUUGCACAUGCCGCACACUCACUCCAUGCAGUCCAAGGUGCUCGAUGAUUUCGCGAGCGAAGAGCUUUUUCGUCCAUCCGACGUCAAGGAUCUGUUCCUCGAUCUGCGCACUCAACUUUCGCGGCCGGCCCUGGCGCUUAGCGCUGCCGUACGUGUCUGGGCUGGCCAAGAACGUUCGCACCACGCUCUUGCCACGCCCAGUCGCUUCAGAGAUCUACAAUCAUGAUACCCAUUGUUUUCUACGUCAAAUGAACCUCUUUCUGGGUCUGUCCGCUUUGAUGCAUCGCCAGCAUCGUCGCUUGCUCCGCCGCGGACAAGUGCCGCCCUCGUGGCAUGAGCCUCUUUAACGAGGUG